CCGUGGGGUCAUCCCAGCAUCCCUCACCACGGCGCGGGGGUCACUCCACAAGUGUGGGCGACGUGGCUCCGACUCCGACCUCACCCGUGGAGUCAACCCGGCCUCUCGACAUCCUUCCCCCUUAUCUUGGGCAGCGGUUGCCGCCCUGCCGCUGGCGGCCGUUUCGGUGGCCGUGGUCGCGGACUGGAUAGUUCCGCAACAAGCUGCAAAUGCCCCGCCUGGACUCCCCUACAACCCCUACGAGCAACAAGCUCAUCGCUGGAGUCUUGGCUAUGCUGCUUACAUGCAUCAUGAAUCCCAACCUGAACCCAACGAGCAGCAUGCUGUUCACGGGAGGAAUGGCCACGCCAGUUUCAUGUAUGAUCAUCAAUCCCCGCCUGAAGCCCCCUACGAGCAAGUUCAUCAUCACGGGAGGCAUAGCCGCAGUGCCAGCCUGCACAAGGAACGAGAUUAUGCAAUCAAGUCUCCAAAAUCAGAAGGCGGAGGUAAGGACCUCCCUCUUGAAUUCCAAGAGGUCAUCCUCAUCUGGCACAUCGCCACGGAUGUUUUCCUCUCGUGCAGCCCCUGUAUCGAAGGAGAAGAGGCUAAAGAACAUGCGGAUGCGAUCAAGGGGAUGUCGGAUUACAUGGUGUUCCUCGUUGCUGAACGCCCCAGCAUGCUACCGGGACUUAAGCUCCGCAGCAUGUAUGAAACAACCCGCCGUGCUCUGCAGGGGAUACGGGAGAAGAGGGAGGUCAGUAAGAGGUACUCAUCGAAGAAGGAGCAUGCUUCGCGGAUGCUGGAAGAAGGCAAGGUUACUCUUACGGGCCCAGAUACUGCUACUAUAAGGGAAGGAACUAAACAAGCUCGAUUGCUGCUGAGCCUACUACUGCCUCAUCAAGAGCGUCUGAGAGGUAAACACACCUUGGGUCCAAAACUUGCACACUGGAUUCCAGACUUGGAGGAUCCUAUUCCUAGGACUAUGGAAAACAUGUUGAAGUUCAUCUUGGAUGGCUGGGUGCGUCUGCUCAUCUACGCGUCGAUCCGAUGCAGCAGGGAGUCCCACGCUGAGCAGCUCGGUCGUGGCGGGGAGCUCACAACCCUCCUAUGGAUCAUAUCAGAACACGCGGGGAUUGAUCUUGUCAAAAAACAUAGUCCAGGAUAUUUCCGUGAUGCUCCUCAUCUCUCCAGCUAAUGUGUACUCUCCUCCAGUCCAUUUGUUGUGCUCCAAGUACUCAUAUCUCUGGUUUGGUUGUCCUCUUCCUCUGUAACAAUAAUAAAUUCUGGUUUGGUCGUUCUUUUCUUUUCUAUCUUUGCUCUGUGUUUUUAUUAAUAUAAUCACUCACUGGGAAAA